AUGGCGAGAAAAUCGAGGAACAGAGGCGGAAGUCAGCAGAUCCAUGGAAGUCAGACAUCGAAUUCAGUGUGCAUAGGAGUUCCACAGUCAGCAGAUGCGAAGAAAUUAAAAAGCAUUAAUUCGAUCCAAGGAAUAAUACCUUUGGAUGUCAAUCAGAUUUCAAAUCCUACCACACCAAAGGGAACGAGCGAGGAAAUAACAAUGGCGAGUAGGGCGUCGUGGGCAGAUCGAGCUGAUGAGGAAGAAAAGAUGAGCAAAAGUACAGGUUUGACUAAAACCCUAGACUCAAGUCCUAAAACAUGGAGUAAUAUUAUGGGUACAAUACCGAUGGAGGAAGGUUUAGACCUAAUUUCAGAAGUUACAGAGCAAAAUGUAAAAAUAACAAUGGCGGAUAUCAAGGAUGAGGUAGAUUACUGGACAACAGCUGUUGUAUGUUAUGUUCUAGGAUCGAAUCCACCACAAGUAGUAAUUGAUGGGUAUUUCAGGAGAAUUUGGGGAGCUAUGGGGAUAGACAAGGUAGCACAACUCAAUAGGGGAGUGUUCCUUGUGAGAUUUCACAGUAUUGAGAGUAGAAGUAAAGCAGUGGAAGAAGGAGUGCAAAUGUUUGAUAGAAAACCAGUGAUAGUUAAGCCAUGGAAGCCAGAUAUGGAAAUCACAAAGGAGCAGAUGAAGAACAUUUCAAUUUGGGUGAGAUUGGUAGGACUUGACAUUAAAUAUUGGGGGCAAGCUGCACUUACAAAAAUUGCGGGGUUGAUUGGACAACCAUUAAAGGCAGAUGCAGCUACCACUAACAGAGAUAGACUGAUCUAUGCAAGAGUACUAGUUGAGGUAAAAUUGAAUCAGCAGUAUCCAACAAGCAUAAGAUUUGAGAAUGAGAUAGGAAAAAUAAUUGAACAGGAGAUUCAUUAUGAAUGGAAACCAGUGCUAUGUGGAAAAUGUAAGAACUAUGGACAUGACAUAUAUGAGUGUAGGAGAUAUAUACAGGAGGAAAAAGAGAAACAACAAACAAUACAGAAGCAGGAAGUACAACAAAAAGAAAAGAGGGGGGAAAUACGUGAGGAAAGCAAUGAUAGUCAAGAAGUACCAUUGAAGAUAGGAAAUACUUUUGAUACACUGGGGCAACAACAAGCAGAAGAUCUGGCAAGUACAAGUCAGUCAGGACUCCAGGUGGUAACAAUGGAAAAGGGAAUGGGGCUAAAUAAUCCAGAUAGACAGAAGGAUAUAAAUCUGUUUAUGCAUAAUUCCCAGGUUAGAUUAUUUGGCCUCUUGGAAACAAAGGUUAAGAGAGCUAAAGCUCAAAAGGCUGCUCUUAACCUAUGCAAUGGAUGGAGUUAUAGUACAAAUUUAAGUCAGUAUAAUGGAGGAAGAAUAUGGCUAUUAUGGAAACCGAUGGUAUAUGACAUAAGUAUUUGUAAAGUAACAGAACAGUUAAUCCACUAUAGAGUUCAUCAUAGGGGAGAUGGCAGGAAAUUCUCAGUAACAAUGGUGUAUGCAUUCAAUGAUGCUGCUCUAAGAAGGAAACUUUGGGAAGAUAUUAAGGAGAUAAAUGAUCAGAUGGCUGAACCCUGGGCAAUAAUGGGGGACUUCAAUUGUGUCUUGCAUAAAGAGGACAUGAUUGGGAGUCCAAUUACAAUGGCAGAAAUAAGAGAGUUUAAGGAAUGUGUGACAAAAUGUAUACUAGAAGAAAUGAAAUCUUCUGGGGCAUUCUAUACUUGGAACAAUAAGCAGGGAGGUACAGAUAGAGUGUACAGCAGAAUUGAUAGAGUACUAAUCAACAAUGACUGGAUAUUAACAAUGCCAGACUCAGAGGUGUUUUACAGAAGUGAGGGGACCUAUGACCAUUGCCCUGCAAUAAUCAGAUUGGCUGAAAUUCACAAGAAGCAACACAUAUUCAGAUAUUUUAAUAUGUGGAGCAUUGCACCAAGUUAUAAGGAGACAAUGAAGCAAGGAUGGAACACUAAUAAGAGGGAGACCAAAAUGUAUGACUAG